GGCUAAUUAUUACAAAUGGAAAAGAAAAACUUGGAAUCAGAACGUAUAAUUUCACAAGGCAAGAUUGACUUUGCUGGACUUGAUCGUAGAGGGGUAGUAGGUACACUCAAGGAAGGAGAAUUUGAAUAUUCUUUGAAGACUUCUCAAGUUUUCCUGUUAGGAAUGGCAGCAAGAUUGCUGUGUUCAGGAGAGCGAGGUAUAGUUUUGUAUGCACGCAAUUUACAAACAUUCUGCUUAUCGAAAAGGCAAUUCUCAAGCCAAGGACAGAAAGACCCUAAAGAAACAACUGAUGUUCAGGAGGUUGCUGGAGAGCCACUUCAUACCUGGUUAGACAUAAGAGCUGGGAUAUUUGGCCCAAGUGACCACCGACUGCCACUUCCAGGCAAUGUAGGCCUGAGCCAACAGCUUGAACCAACUGUGCGCCCUCCUAUUCAGUUCAGACGAAAAGUUACACCUGGCGUUCUCCCGGAUGUUCUCACAAGCAGAACCAACCACGAAAACCAGGCCAGUGCAAUAGAUCAGUAUAUAAAAAAUACUGAAGAGUUGGAUAAAAAUAUUGUUGAAGAGACAAUAAAAGACAUGCCACAACCAGCUGACAUUUUGGAAUGCCGUGCACAGCAGUGCCCAGAGCUGAUCAAGAAAGAUUUUCUCGACUUGUUUCCUGGCCAUAAUCUUCAGGAUGGACCUCUGGCUGUGAUAACCCUCAGUCAGAAGACCCAAUGUGACAUGAGUGCUUGGUCAGAAGACAUGGAGAUUGAGAGGGAUGAACUCAUUGAAUAUUUCAUCAUGGCUGCUGAAGAGAUUUGUGGCAUCUUCAAGUCAGAAGGUUACUGGGCGGACUUCAUCGACCCAAGCUGUGGGCGGCCUUAUCACGGACAGUUUACAAAUGCGACUCUGUUUGAGACCGAUGAACGUUACAGGCACAUGGGAUUCCGUAUUGAGGACCUGGGUUGCUGUAAGGUUAUAUCACACAGGCUUUGGGGCUCACAUGUCUUUGUUGGUUCCAUAUUUACCAAUGCCCCAGUGGAUUCGGACGUCAUGGAACUAGCAUUGAGAAAGCACCAAUCACCUCAAUGUCCCUCCAGUUAAUUUUGAAAAAUGUAAAUGCAUAGUCAAAUCUUAUAUUUAUGUACAUAUUACAAAUUAAUGUAAUUUAAAAAACAAGGAGCAAAGAAUAUACUUUUAGUAUGAGUUUGCUAAUUAGAGUUUUCUGUUUUGAGUCAAAUACCCAGUUAAUUGGUACCAGUGUCUUGAUUGUUUAAAGAAGGUUUGUGAUUUUCAGUUAGCUUGUAUAUUUUGAUGGAUUCUCAGGAUAAUGAAGCAGAUUAAAAAAUAAAAAAAAUAAAAAUUGA